AUGCUAUCGAAAAAAACAAUAACUGACAAGGUCGGAAUUGUUGGUUGUGGCAAAAAUCAGUCAUUUUCGGGUUAUUUAGUUCUUUCAGUGCUCUCGUUGGCUAAGGAUUUCAUUUUUUUGGAGUGUUUGGCGAAGAUCGUAUUCUUCCUCAUGUCAGCAUUAUUUAACUUUCAAAGCCUGCUGAGUGUCAUUUUGUUGCUUAUAUGCACUUGUGCCUACAUUAGACACUUCUCUCCUACCUUAUUGGAUUCACGAAAACAUGGACUUUUAGGAUUGUUCUGGAAAUGUGCAAGAAUUGGUGAACGCAAAAGUCCUUAUGUUGCUGUCUGUUGCAUUUUAAUGGCAGGCGCAGUACUUUUCAAAAUGAUAAAUUUAAUGCUGAGGCAAAAAACCUCAUCUUAUAUAAGAAGUUGUUUUAUUAGAAAUACGGCACUUGGCACCAAAAUCAGACCUGCAAUUAUUUGUACUUCUCAUCGUCAUUAUUAUAUCCCUACCAAUGUAAAGCUCAAUUAUGAGCUUUAUCAUCUAAAAGAUACCCUUUUACUGAGACAAUCAAGGUAUCUCUCCAAUCGCUUGUCUAAGGAGUCAGGAAGCUCCAGUGGAGGUAAUAGUAGUUUCAUCAAUGAUACAUUUAUAUCCAUUGCAAUAACCGGAGUAUUUCUUGGCAGUUGCUUGGCUUUUCACUGGUAUAUAAAUCAUCUACGUGAAUACAGCAUUACUGAAAAGAAAAAUCCAGAUAAGUCAGGGCUGGAACCUGAAGCAUCUUCAGCUUCAAAUGCGUUUGAAAUAUCUCCAGUUCAACAUGAAACCAGAGAUUCAACUGACCAUUUACCUCUUAUUGUUGAGCAACAGCAGUUGGAUACUUUGGAUUUUGUUGAUUCCCCGGUUACCGAAUCUAUGAAAGAUUCAAUGAAAGAGGUUACAAAUCCAGAUUUUCAUGAUGAAAUACCGGAAUCACUUGUGUACAUUAAACCAGAAGAUGAAGUGUUUCCUUCACAUGUACCAUACAUUAUUGUUGGUGCUGGAGCGGCUGGAAUGUCAGCAGCCCGUUCGAUACGUGCCUCAGACCCAACAUCUAGAAUUUUAUUAAUUUCUGGCGGUAGAGGAUCAAGUACAAUAGCUGAACCAGGUAUUGAAGAAACUUCAUUUGUUGAACCACCACCUUACUUGAGACCACCUUUAAGUAAAGAAUUAUGGAAUCGAAGUCUUGAGAAAGAGAAAAAGUUACUUCGAAGCGAUGGAGAUAUUCGUCGACAUUCAUGGUUAUAUUAUGAACCAGAUAGCUUCUUUUUAAAACCGGAAGAUUUAAGUUCUGUUCAAUAUGGUGGAGUAGCGUUAAUGCGAGGUGAUCCUGUUGUUCGUCUGGAUCCUGAUAAACAUGCCAUUUUUCUGGCAUCUGGUAGACAAAUAACCUAUGAUCGUUGUCUUUUAGCUACAGGUGGUUCACCUAGACGGUAUAAACACUUGGAAACGUGUAGUCAAACUGGUGUGAAUCUAAUUGACACUGGACAUGUUUCUUAUUUUCGUAAUAUAGCAGAUUACAGACAUCUUAGAGAUCUUGCUGAUAAACUUCGUCGAACUAGUGGUGGCAGGAUUGCUGUUAUUGGUGGUGGUUUUCUCGGAAGUGAAUUAUCUGUUAGUUUAUUAAAACAACCGAAAUCUACAGAUAGCACGAAUGAUGAUUCCGAUUCAAAAACUCAGUCAAAACUAUCUAUAAUGCAUGCAUUUCGUGAAACAGUUCCAAUGGGCAGUGUUUUGCCACCAUGUUUAGCUUCAGCUGUUGGACGUUUUGAAUCAAGUAAAGGUAUUGAAUUGUGGAGUUCAUCAGAUGUUGUCAGCUUGUCACUUAUUCCCAAUACAAAUGUGAAUACCAGUACUCGUGCUACUACUACUACUACUACUACAAGUGUAAAAGAAUCGCAAAAGUUUUUACCAUUGAAAAAUGUGAUAUCCAGUACUAAUACUGAACGUGUUCGCCUUCGUAUUAGACGUACAAUAUCUGGCAUUGAAAGAGUAGAAGAAGUAGACGUUGAUCAUGUAGUUUGUGCUAUUGGUAUAGAACCGAACACGGAGCUUUCUUCAAAUGCAUCCCUUGAAGUAGAUCCUAAUAAUGGUGGAUUUCUAGUGAAUGCCGAAUUGGAAGCAAGACAAGGUGUCUAUGUGGCUGGCGAUGCUGCAUCUUAUUGGGACCCAGUUGUUGGUUGCCGACGACGUGUUGAGCAUCUAAAUUUCGCUGAAGAAGCUGGAUCAUUAGCUGGAAAAAAUAUGGUUGCUUCAUUAUUAUCUGGAAAUAAUAAAUCUUCGUCUAGAACGUCGUCAUCAUCAUACUACCAACACCAAUCAUCUCUAUGGUCUACACUUGGUCCGGAAAUAUCGUGGGAUGCAGUUGGAUUGAUUGAUUCACGCCUACUUUUAACACGUGCUUUCUUUGCCUCUUCCACAACUACCGGUGAUGAUGACAAUGAUAUUGGACAUAAGUCAUCUAAAGAGGAGAAUUCGACGACUCGAUCUUUUUCCCAUAUACCUGAUUCUAGUAUAGGUAGACUUACCAAAGGUGUUGUGUUCUAUCUUACUCCAAAAGAAAAAAGAUUAGUUGGUAUUCUGCUAUGGAAUAUGCCUGAUGAAAUUUAUACAGAUGCAAAUUAUCCGGCACCUAGUCGACUUAAUCUAGCCCGUAGUUUAUUAGCUCAAAAACUUAUCAUUGAUCUUGACGACUCUACAGAAAACAACUUGCAAAACUCAACAGGUAAUAAUUUACGUCAGUUAGCCAGUCAAUUUGAUGUUUAUGGAGAGAUUGCCGAGGAUUAUGCACAUUUACAAGAAUAUAUAAAAAGGAAGAAAUUAGAUGAAGAUAAUAAUAAUAAUAAUAAUAUCACUAAUAAUAAUGAUAAUUCAACAUUUAGUUCUGUAGAUAAUAAACCUCCAAUAUGUAGUAUUUUCAAAGAAGAUAUCAACUACAGUAACUAAUCAUGUUCUCAUUAGCGUUGUGGCAUUUAAAAAUGAGCAACCAAUGAGAAGAAAACUCAUUGUUUUGUUUUGUUACAUAUAAUUUCUUACGGAUUUUUUAAAUUUCAAGUUUUUUCGCUUACUGUUUAUCAAAUAGAAACUGAUUAGAUUGA